AUGCAUGCAUUGCUAAUCUUCCGCAAGUGGCGGAGGAAGAUCGGGAACGCCAUAAUGGCAGUGCUCCCUCCUUUGAAUUUCUUGACGCUGCACUAUUUCUAUUUCAUUGCCACUAGCAUCAUCGCUAGUAUCAUUUUCUACUUGAUAUCGACGCCAUGGCUCAGCGUUUCCUAUGUGGACUCUAUUUUUCUGUGCGUCAGUGCUAUGACUGGUGCUGGAUUGAAUACGGUGGAUCUAUCGACUAUGAACAGCUUCCAGCAAGCAAUUCUAUUCACUCUGCUUAUCCUGGGCCAUGCCAUUCUUAUCUCUCUCACUGUACUUCUAGUACGUAAGAGAGCAUUCGAGGCAAAGUUCAAGGGUGUCUCUGAUGAACGGGAAAGAGAGCGGUCGACUCGUAACCCCUCGGAAGUUGAACUCCAGGUCAGGCACCGGGAACCCGCUCACGGAAGCACCGGGACUGAUCUCCCCUGCGAGAACACCGAAGGACACGGCUGCAAAUCACGCCCAAAGACAUCCGUCCAAGUCCAAGUGAAACCGGGGGAGUCACCAUCUCGUGACGAACAGCUAUGGGAGGACGAUGACCAAAUAACCAUCGGCGGCACACCCUGCCGUCACCAUCACCACCGAGUCUUCCCCAUGGCUGGAAUCGGAGCGAGACCGGAUCUGCAUAACCACCCUCGCGAUGCAGUGCCGAAUGUUCCUUUGGCCGUGAAGGAUUCGGUGUCUGGCUUCAAGGCAAUUCUUCGCGGUACACAGAAGUACAUGGCGUCCAAGGGCCUCGUGUCCCGCAACUCCCAGUUCCACGAUCUCACUCCUGCUGAGCGUGACGAAUUAGGUGGUGUGGAGUAUAAGGCGGUCUCAUUUCUGUCUGUGGUUGUGUUCCUUUACUUCAUCUUGUUUAUCAUGUUCGGUAUGAUUGGUGUCGGUGUCUGGCUGGAAGUCAAUGAUCCUGCUGUGACCCGCACGAAUGGUCUCUCGCCUUUCUGGACGGGUGCUUUCUUUGCUGUCUCGGCUUUCGUGAACAGUGGCAUGUCGCUCCUGGACGCUAAUAUGACUGCUUUGCAGUUGAGGGCCUACCCACUUCUCACAAUGGGACUGCUGAUUCUCGCUGGAAACACCCUCUUCCCAUGUUUCCUCCGGUUCAUUAUCUGGAUUAUGAGGGUCAUGCUUCCGGAUCGGCCAAAGUGGCAGUCGUGGCGCAUAACCCUUGAUUUCAUCCUGGAGCAUCCUCGAAGGGUCUAUACGAAUCUCUUCCCUGCUCGCCAUACAUGGUAUCUACUCGGCACGAUUAUCAUUUUGAACGGUAUCGACUGGGCAGCAUUCGAGCUGCUCUCUAUUGGAAACAAGGACAUUGAGAGUCUUCCGACCGAAUACCGUGUAUUGGAUGGACUGUUCCAAGCCCUAGCGGUACGCGCUGGUGGAUUCUACGUUGUGACUAUUGCCGAUCUUCGCCAGGGUCUCUUGGUUCUCUAUGGUAAGUGCUUUCAAUAUCUCAUCACCGGACUGAAGGAUCAUGCUAACAAAACCUCUAGUACUCAUGAUGCCACCCAGUACGUCUCCGCGUACCCAGUAACGCUCACAAUGCGCAACACAAACGUCUACGAAGAACGCUCGCUAGGAAUCUACGCGCACGACGAAUCCCCCGGCUCACCAGCAAACACAAGCCGCAGCAACGUAGCAAUGGAGCUAAUCAGACAACAUCUCGGCCGCCCAGGCCCAUCCGAGACUUCGCGCGGCUACUUCGUGCAUCAGCAGCUUCGCUCCCAGCUCAGCCAUGACCUGUGGUGGAUCGCGCUGGCUGUGUUCUUUAUCGCCAUCGCCGAGUCCGACCACUAUGAUUCCCAGCCCGUGGCUUUUUCCACCUUCAAUAUUAUCUUCGAGGUUGUCUCUGCGUACGGUUGUGUGGGUGUUAGUGUUGGGUUCCCCGGGAAGAAUUACUCGUUCUGUGGCGCGUGGCAUCCUAUUAGCAAGUUGAUUCUUGCUGCUGUUGCUUUGCGUGGUAGACAUCGUGGUUUGCCCGUGGCUAUUGACAAGGCUAUUAUGUUGCCCAGUGAGUCUCUGGCUUGGGCUGAGGAGGAGGAUGCUGCUAUGCGGAGAGAUAGAUCUAGGGCUUGGGCUCAGGAGCAUGGGCCUGUUGGGUCUGUUUAG